ACAUUAUGGGCAAGGCAAAGAAGACUCGCAAGUUUGCUGAGGUUAAGCGUCGUAUGAGCCCUAAGGAUUCUCGAAUUGCUAAUGUGAAGGCUAUUGUUAAGGAGGACAAGGUAGAACCACUGGUUGAAGCCCCUAAGGUGCACUCUGGCAUGUUCUUUAAUUAUAAUGAGAACCUCGUGCCACCAUAUCAAGUUAUCGUUGACACUAACUUUGUGAAUGCCUCUAUUCAGAACAAGUUAGAUCUCCACAAGGGGAUGUUGGACUGCCUAAUUGCCAAGUGCAUUGUGUGUGUCACUGAUUGUGUUAUUGCUGAGCUUGAGAAGCUAGGUCACCGUUACAGAUUAGCUCUACAGCUAGUGAAGGAUCCUCGUGUUUCUCGUCUUACUUGUGUUCACACUGGUACUUACGCGGACGACUGCAUUGUUGAGCGUGUGACUACUCACAAGUGUUACAUCGUGGCUACUAACGACCGCGACUUGAAGCGUCGCAUUCGUAGGAUUCCUGGUGUGCCUAUAAUGUACGUCGCUAACCACAAGUAUGCUAUUGAGCGCAUUCCCAUGUCUAUCACUUCACGUUGAACU